CGGUCACAGUUUGGACAUUCUUUCCCAGUGAAGUGAAUAGGAAAGCGCGUCCAAACCUUUGACUCAUAGUGUAUUUCUAAGACUGAGGAUGAUGUCGAAGAACGCGUCAAAGUGAUUUUAAUUUUGAAAGUCCUGCCCUUCAUCCUGUAGGCCUAUCUCAUUCGGUCAGACUUGACAUCUGGUCCGCUGUUACACCGGCUUCUCAUCCUUUACAUGAGCUGUUUGUCUGUGCACUGUAUGUUUCUUGCCUCUCGGUCCUGCGCCACGGGAUCAGCAGAGCAUUGUGUGGAAUCUUUAGGUCGAGAAGAAAAGCGGAGAUGCGCUCGUCGGACUCACUUUACUGACGGUCGUGAGCUUCCAUCAUAGGCCCUGCUCCAUGAACACUGGAGCUAGUUCCUUGUGAAAAUGGUCCGAUGUGUUAGUCUCGGAUCACGGAGGGUUUUUCAACUGUAAGGCCAAGACUUUUUGAAAAAUGAGGCUCUGGAGCACGGAACAUGCUUUCAGUUACCCAUGGGAGACAGUGAUAAAGGCUGCCAUGAGGAAGUACCCCAACCCUAUGAACCCCAAUGUGGUUGGGGUGGACGUGCUGGACCGCAGCCUGGAUGCUGAGGGACGCCUGCACAGCCACAGACUCCUCAGCACAGAGUGGGGCCUACCAGCCAUCGUACGAGCGAUACUGGGAACCAACCACACACAGACCUAUGUGAAGGAACAUUCUAUAGUGGACCCAGAGGAGAAAAAGAUGGAGCUGUGCUCAACAAAUAUUACUCUCACCAACCUCAUAUCAGUAGAUGAAAGGCUUGUUUACAGACCACACCCAGACAAUCCUGAGGUUACCAUCCUGACCCAGGAGGCCAUCAUUACAGUCAAGGGAGUGAGUCUCAGCAGUUACCUGGAGGGGAUGAUGGCCAGGAGAAUGUCAGCGAAUGCCAGGAAGGGUUGGGAUGCUAUUGAGUGGAUUAUUCAGAACUCUGAAAGAGAAUAUGCCUCUCUGUGACAUUCGCUGACACUGGUACCUCUCCUCUUACUGGGCUGUUAUAAGCAAUUCCUCAUUUUCCCGUCAGAACUACUAAUAUGUGCUUUGUUUACUUUAUGAGUCACAUUAUGGUCAAUGAUCAGUGACAGAUACUUGCCCUGGCUACACCUCAUAAAUCAUUGGAGACCCUCAGCAUCUCAAGAUCCUCUACUGAUGGUACUUAAACUGUUGAGGAGGUUUGGGGGAUUUUCACCAUCUCUGUUGCCUCUGGAGUACACACCCUGGAAGAACAGUAAAAUGCUGCCAACGGUUAUCAGGAAACAUGAGAGUCCGAGUGUUUUAGAGUAGGAUUUAAGGGUUAUAGGCACAAAUUUGGUACGAGUGACUCAUACUUCUUAACCCAUUAACAAUCGUUCUAAUUGAGGAAACUGAGGCAACUAAGUGCGUUUACCAUGCUCUCCUGCUGAGUAAUCACAAAGUUUAAUAUGUAGGUGUGCUGCUAUAAAGUUUACCAUCUAUAAAGACUUGUACCAACUUUAUGAGUGUAGCAGACUUCACUGGUUAGAUUAUUAUAUUACUACCACAUAUUCCCAAGUUUACUUCCUAACUUCAGUCUAGAAAGGUACUUGAUGCAGAAGAAGGAUGCAGUAGGGAUAUUUGCACAGUUUUUUGACAACAAGGUAGAAUACAAUGUUAAUAAUAUGCAAUAAACAUCACAACUUUAAUUGACCUAAUGUAAUUCCUUUGUUAUGCCAAUCACUGGUGGCUCCUGUAGUAGGAGUUGAAAUCAGACCGUUGUUACUGGUGCUUAUUAUUGUAUCUGUUUCAAGAGGCACAAACUGUAGAUGAUAGGUUUGCAUGAUGAUAGCAAAAAAGGAGGGAGGUCAUUAUAGAAACGGUGUAGUGUGUGGUACACUAGCUACAGUAGCUAUUAAACUACUAUUGAAGGUUUUGGCAAGAAUUCAAAGAAAUGUUGUUUAUCUUAGAAAAAAAAAGAUGGGAAUGUAUUGUUAACAUUGCCUUCUUUUGCUGCUGUCAACACAACAAUACACUGGCAUCUUUCUCAUGUAAAAGUCAUGGGCUGUAUUAAACCAGAAACAGGGCUGAUGAGGAAGGAGACGACGACGCAGGUUAGUAAAAAUAUACACUAUUUAGCGUGGGCAGAAUUACCCAUUUCUAUGGCCUUAAAUAAGUGCCUGUGUAUUGUUGCCUGGACAGCAGUAUCAUGCCUUUGCCAGUCCUACACAUCCUUCUUCCGUUGAAGCUGCCUGUAUGGCCCAGGAGCAGGGCUAUACUCUUGUGUGCAGUGCUGCAGUGGGAGAUGCACAUUAUGAGCUAUUUCAUAACUCUUGUUAAAGUGAACAAUGUUUGUACAGUACAUUACCUUAAUAUUUGUAUAAAUAUUAAUUUGAAUAUAUUGUCACAAGCAGUGAAUUCUUACUUUGUGCCAUGCAAAAAUUUAAUUUGCUUUUUAAAAUUUUGUUUUAAC